AAGUGUCCGGACUGGAAGGGGGGAAAAGUGUCUGGACUGGAAGGGGGGAAAAGUGUCUGGAGUGGAAGGGGGGGAAAGUGUCCGGAGUGGAAGGGGGUGAAAACUGGAAGGGGGAAAGUCCGGAGUGGAAGGGGGGAAAGUGUCCGGAACUGGAAGGGGGGGAAAGUGUCCGGAGUGGAAGGGGGUGAAAGUGUCCGGAGGGUGGAAAGUGUCCGGGGGAAGGGGGGAAAGUGCCCGGAGUGGAAGGGGGUGAAAGUGUCCGGACUGGAAGGGGGGAAAGUGUCCGGACUGGAAGGGGGUGAAAGUGUCCGGACUGGAAGGGGUGAAAGUGUCCGGACUGGAAGGGGGGGAAAGUGUCCAGACUUGAAGUGGGAGGUUCCAGAAGCUGGGAGGCGGGGUUUAGGGUCAUGUGACCGCCGUGAAGCGCCGUUGCCUGGCCGCCAUCUGGUCAUAGGCCGGGUGGCAACUGGUUAAAAAGUCCAAACA